CCUUUUAGUCGGCCUCCCUGCAACAGGGGCUGUAGGAAAUUGGCAUUCCUGGAUGAGAUUUCCUGAAAGGGCAGAACUCUACUCACUCCCAGCCCAUCCCGCUGCAGCACAGACCCUUCCAAAUAAACGCAGCCCGCCAAAUGAGAGCCGUUGGAAGACUGUCCACCACCCCUGCGGGCCCCACCACCACCAAACAAGCCCUCCUCCUCUCCUCCUCCUCCUCCUUCUCCUCCUCCUCAGGCAGCAGCGGCAGAGGCAGAGGCAGAGGCUUCUCUCCACCCUUCAUCUCUCAGCCCCCUGGAAAGGUGGGCCGCACCGAUCCUGAUGCCAGCGCCGAAUCCGACCCGUUAUUCCCUCCCGGCGUUGGCCAUGGCCGCGGCAAGCCCAUCCCUCCCACCCCAGUUAUCAAUUCCUUCUCUUCGUGGAUCUCUCCCACCAAUCCUUCCGCCGGCCGCGGUGGAUCCCUACCGUCCGUUUCCUUUCCGCACCCGCAGCAGCCCGCCACAGAUCCCCCUUCCAAGAAACCAAUUUUCUUUCGCCGCGACGACGAUGAUUCCGAACCUGCCCUGAAUUUCGGCACCAUAAAAGAAGGUAUUCUCCCACGGAACCUCCAGUCGGGCCUACCCGGAGCGGGCCGUGGAAUGCCUGCGAAGCCUUCAGAUUCAGACACUCGUGUUCGCGAAGAGAAUCGUCACCUUCGCCAACGGCCACAGGCCACAGGCCCCACGAGGGGCGGGCUGCAGCCAGGUUCUCCCAGCCCGCCCCGGCCGAGUCGUCGGGAGGUGGGUGAUAGGGCAGUCAUGAGGCCUGAAGAUGGUGGGAGGGGAAGAGGAGGGCGUUGGCGAGGUAGAGGCGGGAGAGGAAUGCGUGAUUUUAGAGGGAGAGGUGGUAGAGGUGGGGCCCGGCGGUUCGUAGUUGCGGAAAUUGAUGAUGCUGGUACUGGGCUUUACCUUGGCGACAAUGCUGAUGGGGAUAAGCUGGUGCAGAGGUUAGGAGAUGAGAAUAUGAAUAAGCUGAUUGAAGGGUUCGAAGAGAUGAGCAGCAGUGUGUUGCCAUCGCCAAUGGAUGAGAAGUAUUUGGAUGCCGUCGAUACGAAUUUCCUUAUAGAGUUCGAACCGGAGUAUUUGAUGGAGGAGUUUGGUACAAAUCCAGAUAUCGACGAGAAACCGCCAAUUCCUCUUAGGGAUGCUUUAGAAAAGAUGAAGCCAUUCCUGAUGGCAUAUGAGGGGAUACAGAGUCAAGAGGAGUGGGAGGAAAUUAUGAAAGAUACGAUGGAAAAGGUACCAUAUUUGAAACAGAUUAUUGAUAUGUAUGCCGGGCCUGAUAGAGUAACUGCAAAGGAACAACAAGAGGAGUUAGAAAGAAUAGCAAAAACUCUACCUGAUAACAUACCUUCCUCUGUGAAGAGAUUCACUGAUCGUGCUCUUCUUUCUCUACAGAGCAAUCCAGGGUGGGGUUUCGACAAGAAAUAUCAGUUCAUGGAUAAGCUGGUGCGGGAUGUUUCUCAGCAAUACAAAUAGCACACAAGGUCUUCGUCGGUGUAAUAUUCAGAGAAAAUCUUCACCGUCCUCACGACAUGCAGGGCAGUAUGGAGGGCUCUGAAGAAGCUGACAUCGAGAAUAAGGGCCAAACAUAAUAAUCUCAUCUGUAGUAUUUUCUUUAAUUUUUUAAUUUGAAUAUGCUUUUUAUAUCAUUUUGCGAGGAAAUCAGCAUUUUCUUUCACCAUGGUAAUUUCUAGAGGUGCAGUGGUUUUCACUGGAGCUGUGGGGAGAUUUUUUGUUGGGUUUCUGUUGAUGAAAAUGCUUGGGGAGAAUCAGUUUUUGUGUC